AUGCGAUCAUCACAGCUCCUCUGUCCAUCUUUAACAGCUUCAACUUUGAGCUUAUUAGCUUUUUUUAUUUUAAAUCUUACAACUCCUGCUGCUGCUUAUGAUGCUGACUGUCGUUGGAAGACCAAUAUAACAGACAUCGAUGAUGUUGCUCAUCAUAAGUAUCAGGUGCUUGAGGAAUGCCUUUUCUACAGGUUGACCAAAGAAGCUGACCAGACGCAGGGAAAAUCCAACUCGUUAAUGCUUCUGCCUCCUACUGUUGCUGCUGGAGAAACAUUAGAGGUGCAAGUCUUGCACGCUUCAGUCCGUCAGAUGUGGAUGAAUGAAGUAUUCAAAGAGAUGAACAUAAACGGAUAUCUUAAGCUGUCUUGGAAAGAUCGUCGAUUACGUUGGGAUGUGAAUGAAUGGAAAACUGAUAACCUCAACAUCAAAUCAUUUGGUCGUCUAUGGGUGCCGGAUAUUCAAUCAGAGAAACAUCAGACUGCCACUCAGGCUUCGGAUUACGUAUCUUUCCAAAAUAUUCAAUCGAAUAACAAUGGAAAUGUGACAGCAAGACUUGAAUAUCGUAUUCAGGCACAGUGUGAAAUUGACUACACCGAAUAUCCAUCCGAUAAGAAAUAUUGUUGUUUCAAUUUGAAAUCCAGUUUGUAUAAGCGAUACAUCAAAUACUUCCUUGAACACGAAAAUGAUACACUUGAUGUUUCGGGAAUCAAAACAAAUUGGUACAUUGAGAACUCAUGGAUCCGCAAGGAUACCGAAGAAGGCGAUAACAGAGCUGAAGUCUUAGAGGUAUGUGUGACUGCCAGACGUCGUUCCACUACUUUGGCCAUUGAAUUGACUGUGCCGGUACUCGUCUCUGCCUUACUUUUGUUGAUUGCACCAUUUUUCGGAAAAUUCAAACAGCAGGUUCAAGUUAAGAUGUUCGCCCUUCUCUUACAGUUUAUGUCUUUCCAAUUUUUGGCUGACAAGACUCCACAAGUUGGCUUUGGAGCAACUGUGCCAAAGAUCUAUAUUUUCUAUGCAUUCACCUUGUCCGUCACAGUCAUCAGCCUUAUAUUGACUGUCAUAAUAUCGGCCAUGAGUCGUGUCAAACGUGUAGUACCACCAGCACAUCGCUACACUCUAUUAGCAUCUGUGCUUAAUGCUAACCUCUGCUGCGGAUCAGAGGAAGACCCUGUAACAGAUGGAACAUCAUCCAAGGAUGCAACGGCAGACUGGCUUCAGAUCCACACUGCGCUCAACAACGUCGCCUCGUUCAUCACUCUUCUUAUCUACGUCAUCGGAGCAAUUGCUAUUGCUUUCUGA